AUGUGUGCCGAGCGGCUGGGCCAGUUCGUGACCCUGGCUUUGGUGCUGGUUACCUUCGAUCCAGCUCGAGGGACCGACGCCACCAACCCCCCCGAAGGUCCCCAAGACAGGGGCUCCCAGCAGAAAGGCCGUCUGUCCUUGCAGAACACAGCGGAAAUCCAGCACUGUUUGGUCAGCGCUGGCGAUGUGGGGUGUGGCGUGUUUGAAUGUUUCGAGAACAACUCUUGUGAGAUUCGGGGCUUACAUGGAAUUUGCAUGACUUUUCUGCACAACGCUGGAAAAUUUGAUGCCCAGGGCAAGUCGUUCAUCAAAGAUGCCCUGAAGUGUAAGGCCCAUGCUCUGCGGCACAGAUUCAGCUGCAUAAGCCGGAAGUGUCCAGCCAUCAAGGAGAUGGUGUUCCAGCUACAGCGGGAAUGCUACCUCAAGCACGAUCUGUGCUCUGCAGCACAGGAGAACAUCCAGGUGAUGGUGGAAAUGAUUCACUUCAAGGACUUGCUGCUGCAUGAACCCUACGUGGACCUAGUGAACCUGCUGCUGACCUGUGGGGAGGAGGUGAAGGAGGCCAUCACCCACAGCGUCCAGGCUCAGUGUGAGCAGAGCUGGGGAAGCCUGUGCUCCAUCCUGAGUUUCUGCACCUCGGCCAUCCAGAGACCCCCCACGGCGCCGCCCGAGCGCCAGCUCCAGGGCGACAGGGCCAAGCUCUCCAGGGGCCACCCCGCGGAAAUGGGGCACCACCUCGCGGAGCCCAGCAGUCGGGAGACCGGCCGAGGUGCCAAGGGUGAGCGAGGUAGCAAGAGCCACCCCAACGCCCACGCCCGGGGCAGAGCGGCCGGCCCCGGGGCCCAGGGAACUUCUGGAAGCAGCGAGUGGGAGGAUGAACAGUCUGAGUAUUCCGAUAUCCGGAGGUGAAACGAAAGGCCCGGCCGGGAAAUCUUUUCCUCCACGCCGUCCAUUUUCUUCUCUCUGGACAUUCCAAAACAUUUGCCAUUAAAGAGGGGGGCUAUCACUCGCAGGAUGUGAUGGGGAGUGCGGACUUAGGUGUAUGUUAGCGGCAUGAACAGGUGAGGCGGAGGCCCCCUGGGCAGCAGCGAGGGCCGGUGGUGCCUGGUGUGUCCCGCACCCACACGUCCCAACGGGAGGUCACCCUCCUCGCAACUUUGCCUUCUUCCCAUCCGCGGAGACCCUGGGCUGUGGCUUGCGGCUCCCUUUGCCGUGGGGGGUGACGAGAGGGGCGGGGUGACCCCCGGGGGCCAGACUGAGUGCUUGGUGCUGGGCCCCCGGCCCCUAGCUUCUGUGCGGUCCUAGCGGAGCGCAGCUGGAUUCCCGCGCAGGAGUGCGUGUGCAAACCUCGCUGGGAAUCAGAAGGGUGGAGCAGGGGCAGGGCCGUGUGGGUGCCUGGUGCCAAACAGAAAUCCAGUUUCUUGCAUGGGACCUUGAGGUUUGGAGUAACUUGGGAUGGGGCAGGGGGUUGUGGGGGUGGCGAGGAUUCUAAGUGUAAUUUCUGAGCCAUUGUUCUGUCUGGGGGACCCUGCUGCAGGGAGUGGCCCCUGUGUGUUUGUAUUUUAACCACUGCUUCGAGCCUCAAUUUCACUUUUUUUAUUUAUCCAGUUACAUCUCCGUAUCUGUCGUCUAAAUAAAUAGCUUUCAAACAAGCAACUGGGUCAUUAAAACCAGCUCAAAAGAAAGCAAAAAGCAACCCAUCUUUGGGGCUGAAUUUUUUUUUUUAAGUGCUAUUUUUUAAGUAAUCAAAAAGUGAUGUAGCUUUAUGUCUGACUGCCUGACAUGGGCUCAUUGCCACUAGCGCAAAGCCCACCCUGGAAAAAAAUGCACCCAGGAGUGCAUUUGACAGAGUUCCCUUUGCCUUUCAGUACCUCGCCUUGACCCUCAGCCAGGGCGGACCCUGGGUUCCAUUGGGCCGAGUUGGAAAGCUGGCCUGUCCAUGCUAGAGGCUGGAAAAGGGGAACCCAGAAGGACUACUCUAAUUUUCACCAGGGAACGCCGACCUUUUAUGUAAAUGGAGGAGACUGCUGCACAUCACUGGGGGACAAGAUUUCCCAGAUCCAGAAUGAAAAUUUAGCAAUGAGAAAAGGAGUCAGAGUAGACAAAGAAAAGCAGGGAGGAGAGACAGAACUGAGAACAGAGAAAGAUUAGAACAGAAAGCAUUGGCAACCGGUGUCUUGUGGUUACUGAAGAGGUCUCAGAGAUAGGCCUUUUCUUCUCUUUCCUGACAAAGCUUAUCCUUUCUUGCAGCCAGUACUCAAAUAGGAGCCCCAGUAUUGCAAGGAAUGGAUGGAUGUUCUGGGCCAGGUCCUUCUAGAACAGGGGUCAGCAAACCUUGUCUGUAAAGGCCCAGAUAGUGAAUACACUAUUUUCAGCUUGGCAGGUUGUAUGGUUUUUGUUGCAGCUACUCAACUCAGCCUUUGUUGCCUGAAAGCAGAAACAUACACAGACAACACAUAACAAAUAGGCUUGGCUCCACUCCAUUAAAUUUUUAUUUAACAAGCGCCCAACUGGAUUUGGCUCUUGGGCCUGAGUUUGCUGACUGCUGUCCUAGUGACUGGGCAAAAAAGUAUGCAUCCUCCAUUUAUGUCAACUCAUAGCUCUCCCUCCAAGCAACCUGAGGCCAGAGAUAAAGAGGCUAAAUUUAUCUACUCAAAAAUGAUUUGUUCCACAGAAUGCCCUUACCCAAAGCCCAGCUAGUGUUUAUAUAACCUAAAUCCAGUCUCACUGCUGCCAGGACAGGGUGCCAGAGCGUCGUUUUCCCAAUCUUUCACGAUCCAUGUUGGAAAGAAACCAUCUGUUGGGGGGAGGGGUACAAGAGGCUGGGAGAAGCACCUAGAAAGAGCUGGAGUUGCAGAAAACAGAGGAAAUGUUGCACUUGAUCCGGCUCUGCCCUCGGAGAGAGAAGGACCGGUGUGUCAGACUCUUCCAUGGCAACUGAACGUAAACCAUGGCUGUCUGAAGCCACACAGCACGUGGACUGUUUUCCUUACAUCACUCAAAAGCUGAAGCAAUAACAUUCUGUCGCGUUGCUGGGUCAGCUGCUCAUUUGUUCGCCCGCUUCUGGGCUGGGUGGGUGAAAGGCAUCACUUUUAUAUUUUCCUCAGUGUAAAUGUUUUACAUGUUCGCUACUGAUGCCCCACGUGUUGCUUCUGUUGUAAAUAUUGUCAUUUGUAUUUAUUAUCUCGGUGUUUUCCCCCGAGGCAUAAAAUCGCUUAUUGUGUUGAUCUGAACCCCCUCAUUGAUCGCUGUUGUAUAUUUUUUCAUGCACUGCUUCGUCUCUUCUCAAAAGUCAGGUAGAAAUCCUUGCAUUCUGGUUCCUAAUGUUUUGAAGCCUACAGUAGUAUUUAUUGCUGAGAUUCUUUAUCUCAAAACUGAGGAACAUCCAAAUUCCUGUAAGCAUGGACUCAGGCAUUUGUACAGUCUAAAAUGUAAGCAAAGUUGUCCUUAAAAAUAGACCCUCCACUUGGGGCUUCAUACUUCAUACAAAUUUACUCCUGAGCCUUCCUUUGAGGAAGGAUGUGGAUUUCCAAAUAAAGAUAUGAUGUUUAUUUUGAGCCCUGCAUCUUAACAAGAUGAUCCGAACACCUCUCCUUUGUAUCAAUAAAUAGCCCUGUUAUUCUGAAGUGAGAGGCCUUAGUAGAGUGAAAUGCUGACACUCAAAACUAAAUAAAUAGAAAAUGCUAGCCCAGAGCUGUAGCUGUACUUUCACACACAGACACACACACAGAAAUUUCAGCUCGAACUUAGGAAAAGGCUUCAUUUAGAACAACAAGGCCAAACAACGCUUCCAGGGCCCAUUUCCUAAGGAAGAGCAACCCUCGUGUGAUCUCAGCAUCGGCACCAUGUGGGCUGGCUGGGUUAUAAGAUCUGUUUCUGUUAUGGAUUUAAGCAGCAGGACCUGUACGUUGUCACAUUGCAUUAUCUUUCUCCAAGCCUUAAUAAAGGUUUUAAAUAACUGA